CUCUGUUUGGCUCGAGAGGACAAAGGGCAGCUUAAUGAAUAGCAAGCUUGGACAGUAAAAAGGUAACACAGCAGUGUGUGUGUGUGUGUGUGUGUGUGUGUGUGAGAAGAAAGAGCAUAUUGUGUGAACGUGCUUUGAAGGCCGCCAUUUAGUCCCCUGCCAAACAGGAUGUGAGACAAAAGGAGAACUUUUGUCCUGAACCUCCUCCAGCAUGAGUCACCUUUGCCCCCUCCUAUCUGAGAGCCUAAAUCGUCGGCAUCGGUACCUAUCUGGCGCAAUGGCGACUAGCGGCAUUCUGCUGGUGAGGCAGGCUGAUGAUGAUGAUGAUGAUGAUGAUGAUGAUGAUGCUGAUGCUGAUGCUGACGAUGAUGCAGCACAAUUGAUGCUGCAGUCGGCCGCACCGCAGCCGAGCCCCGCGAUUGGCCGGCAGGGACGCUGAGGACGCCGCGACGUCAUCCUCCAUAAGGUGCCGGAGGGAAGCCGACGCACGCACCCGCCAGACGAGCCGCCCAGUCAGCCAUCGUCCGUCGGCGCAGCGCAGCGCACUGCACCAUGAGGGAGAUCGUGCACAUCCAGGCCGGGCAAUGCGGCAAUCAGAUCGGGGCCAAGUUCUGGGAGGUGAUAAGCGACGAACACGGCAUCGACCCGUCGGGCAGUUACCAAGGCGACAGCGAUCUGCAACUGGAGAGGGUCAACGUGUACUACAGCGAGGCGUCAGGCAGCAAAUUUGUGCCCCGGGCCAUUCUGGUGGACCUGGAGCCCGGGACCAUGGAUUCGGUUCGCUCCGGCCCAUUUGGGCAGCUGUUCAGGCCUGACAACUUUGUCUUUGGUCAAAGCGGCGCGGGAAACAACUGGGCCAAAGGUCACUACACGGAGGGAGCGGAGCUAGUGGACUCGGUUCUGGACGUGGUGAGGAAGGAGUCGGAGAACUGCGACUGCCUGCAGGGCUUCCAGAUGACCCACUCGCUGGGCGGCGGCACCGGUUCCGGGAUGGGCACCCUGCUCAUCAGCAAGAUCCGCGAGGAGUACCCCGACCGCAUCAUGAACACCUUCAGCGUCAUGCCGUCGCCCAAAGUGUCCGACACGGUGGUGGAGCCGUACAACGCCACGCUGUCCGUGCACCAGCUGGUGGAGAACACGGACGAAACCUUCAGCAUCGACAACGAGGCGCUCUACGACAUCUGCUUCCGUACCCUGAAGCUGACCACGCCCACCUACGGGGACCUCAACCACCUGGUGUCGGCUACCAUGAGCGGGGUCACCACGUGCCUGCGCUUCCCCGGCCAGCUCAACGCCGACCUGCGCAAACUGGCCGUCAACAUGGUGCCCUUCCCCCGCCUGCACUUCUUCAUGCCGGGUUUCGCCCCCCUCACCAGCAGGGGGAGCCAGCAGUACCGCGCCCUCUCCGUCCCCGAGCUCACGCAGCAGAUGUUCGACGCCAAGAACAUGAUGGCGGCGUGCGACCCGCGCCACGGCCGCUAUUUGACCGUGGCGGCCAUCUUCCGCGGCCGCAUGUCCAUGAAGGAGGUGGACGAGCAGAUGCUGAGCGUGCAGAACAAGAACAGCAGCUACUUCGUGGAGUGGAUCCCCAACAACGUGAAGACGGCCGUGUGCGACAUCCCGCCGCGCGGGCUCAAGAUGUCGGCCACCUUCAUCGGCAACAGCACGGCCAUCCAGGAGCUCUUCAGGAGGAUCUCGGAGCAGUUCACCGCCAUGUUCCGCAGGAAGGCCUUUCUGCACUGGUACACGGGCGAGGGCAUGGACGAGAUGGAGUUCACCGAGGCCGAGAGCAACAUGAACGACCUGGUGUCCGAGUACCAGCAGUACCAGGACGCCACCGCCGACGAGAUGGGCGAGUACGAGGAAGACGAAAUGGACGACGACCGGGACGGCCGCCGUUGAGGAGGCGCCGCCUCGGGAACGAGAAAUCCACCUCUGGCGAUCCGCCCGCUAGCACGUGUGACUCAUUAUCCACGCCGGUACAAGAAAAAAGAAAUCAAUAAAAGCCAAACAAUAACGUUUAGCCUCAAUAAAUCCCAAAUAAAGCUUACACAUGCAAGUCA